CUUACUACGAUCCGCUGAAGUUGGAGAAAAGUUUGACAAGCCCGAAGAGCCCCGAAAGAGCUGAUCAAUACUCGGGAAAACAUCCACGUUAUCGAUACUAACGCGCUUUCCUCUGGACAAACGAUGGAAUCCGUCGCCCAGAAAGUGCUGACUUCGGGGUUCAGUCUUGACUUGGGUCCUCUGAAAGAGCCGUUGGCAUUCAUCCGUUUGCUAGAAUGGGUGUUCUCCAUAUUUGCCUUUGCUACGACUGGAGGUUACAGCGGCACCACCAGCUUCAACGUCCUGUGCCAGGGGAGUAGCAGCCAAGAAGUACAGGCACACUUCAGCUACCCAUUCAGGUUGAUGCAGAAUCCCUAUAAUGUUCCUGACUGCAAAGUCAAUCAAACCACGACCACAACUCUCUACCUGAGAGGAGACCACUCAUCCUCGGCAGAGUUUUACGUCUGUAUCGGAGUGUUGGCCUUUCUCUACUGCACCGCCACACUAGUGCUCUACUUGGGCUACCAGCACAUAUACAGAGAAUCUAGUCGCGGUCCCAUUGUGGACCUGUUGGUGACUGCAGCCUUUGCUUUCUUGUGGUUGGCGUCAUCUUCUGCUUGGGCUAAGGGCUUGGACGAUGUGAAGUGGGCCACCAGUCCUUUAACCAUUGUAGGCCAGCUUGAUGUUUGCAAGAAUGUCAACAAGUGCACCCCAGGUGCUGUGCCUCACAUGGGCCGGCUAAACGCCUCCGUGAUAUUUGGUUUUCUUAAUCUCAUCCUGUGGGGCGGCAACUGCUGGUUCAUUUACAAGGAAACACCUUUCCACAAAUCGGCCAAUCCGCCUGCAGAUGUGGAGGGAGGAGCUGGGCCAAAGUAACUGAGCAGCUUCCUUGCUUCAAAAAUGUCUUUACAUGUAGUGUUAUUGAAUGAAUAAGUUUGGUACUAAUUGUUUAAAGACAAUCUAUAGAUUACAAGGCACACAUUUCAAAACUGUUCCUUUUUUUGCUUUCUAUUCAUUUUAUAUUUAGCGUUGUAUAUUCUCAAAUACAUUUUGGACACCAAAAUGACUUUUGUUCUUUGUGAAAUCAAUACAAUCAAUACAUCACAGCAGUCCAAAACAUUAUUCUCAUAGAUGCUCAGUUUGUAUGUUUUAACUUAUUUAUACCCAGGUACCCAAAAGUGUCCUUAUCUCAAAUGGUACUGCAGAUGUGGACUGUACAGGUAAAUCUGUUGGUCUAACUCUGGUGAUAAAUCAGAAUGAAGCAUCACUUUGUCAACCUGUUACCAUCCAGCAGUAUUUCUGUACCAUACAGUGCAUCAUUUCUUCCAUCAGCAUUUUCUUAAAAACUCAGGGCUAUUAAGUGUACAAAUUAUUAAAGACCUAAUAAAUAUUAAAUACUUGAAGUGCAUUUAUUAUUAACACAAGUCUUAAUUGUGGACAAAACAAAUUUUAGUCGAAUCCUAGAACAUACAGUAGGCAUCGGAAAGUGUUUCCGCAAUGAAUAGAUGUUAAAUAGUCUUUCAUUGGGAAAAAAUAAUUCAGUUGCCAAUGUGAGAUUAUCUAUAAUGGGUGAAAGCAAUUUUAUCAGGUCCUUUUUUUUUGUCUUAACUUGCACCUCAUCUCACUAUGUGUGGCUAAAUUCACCAUUUUAGCCAAGCACCUGAAUAUUAUGUUGAAUGUAUUGGAUAUGUCUGUUUAGAUCACUUAAAACAGUUAGACCUAUUUGUAGAAUUUGUGAUCUUGUCUCUAAAAGGACAUGAUUUUUUCCUCUUUGUCCUCCUUGUUUAUAAUGUUUAAAUUAAGAAAUUCCUGAGAAAACACCCCAGAGAGGUCAUAUGGAAUUUCAGUGCCAAUGUACUUGGGUAGUAUGGCCUUAGCUAGCUGCUGCUUGUUUUUCAUAAACAAUGGACUGAUCUCUAACCUGUUAACAAUUAACUGCAUAUGUUUUUUUUUAUUGCUUUUGCCUGGCUUCUAUCUCCACUUUAUUCAAAGGUUACCGGCACCAUUAUGAUCUCCUACUUUUAUACUGCCUUGCUUGAAUCACAGUGUUUAGCUCGAUCCGCCACUAUGUUGAUGAAAGUGUCACAUACUGUAGAUGAGAUUGGAUUUAGAAUUAUAGUCCAGGAAGAUACUGUGUAUACAUGAAAUGCUGUGCAUCAUUAAAAGGAAGA